AUGGGCAUCUUCUGGCUAUUAUUAUUGAUUUAUGCUGCCAAAGCUCAACUCCAAUGUCAACAAGGCUCAACUCCUUUGCUCCAAAACAAUCAGCCGGUCGUCUGCAAUCCUCAGGUAUCGACAUCAUGUUCCUCCAUCCAAUCUGGUUUCUUCUGCCAAAUGUCAACGAGUGGAAACAAUUUCAUUUGCUGUGGGACCGGUAACUCAGGUGGCACAAUUCAAAUCGGUGGUCAGUGUUCCUUCGGCACGACACAAUGCGCUGGUGGAUCGACCUGUCUGAAUGGUCAAUGUCAAUGCCAACAGGGUACCAUGCAAUCGAACGGUCAAUGUAUUCAGGGACAAAGCAAUUGUGGAGUGGGACAGGUCAGCGUCAACGGGAUUUGCAUGCAAGCAUCGUUCCUUGGUGGUCAAUGCCAAGGAAAUCAACAGUGCCCGUUAAAUUCUCAAUGCUUGAACGGAAUCUGCAAUUGUAAUUCUGGCUUUCAAGUGUCCAAUAAUCAAUGCGUUAAUAAUGGUAAUGGUAAUCAAGGUGGAUGCCAGAAUGGACAGGUGAAUGUGAAUGGACAAUGUAUGCAACAGUCUUCUCUUGGAGGUCAAUGUCAAGCAAAUCAACAGUGUCCAUUGAAUGCCCAAUGUCCACAAGGGACUUGCACAUGUUUGAAUGGAUUUACGAAUUCAAAUGGCCAAUGUCUUUCGAACAAUAACAAUAAUAAUGGUGGCUGCGCUUUUGGGCAGGUAAAUGUUAACGGGCAAUGUAUGCAGCAGUCUUCUCUCGGUGGUCAAUGUCAAGCAAAUCAGCAAUGCCCCGUGAAUGCCCAAUGUCCACAAGGGAUUUGCACAUGUUUAAAUGGAUUCACAAACUCAAAUGGACAAUGCCUUUCGAAUAACAACAAUAACAAUGGUGGUUGCUCGUUCGGUCAAGUGAAUGUGAAUGGACAAUGUAUGCAACAGUCUUCUCUUGGAGGUCAAUGUCAAGCAAAUCAACAGUGUCCAUUGAAUGCCCAAUGUCCACAAGGGACGUGCACAUGUUUGAAUGGAUUUACCAAUUCAAAUGGCCAAUGUCUUUCGAACAAUAACAAUAAUAAUGGAUGCUCGUUUGGUCAGGUGUUGAUCAAUGGUCAGUGCAUGAAUACGGUGCCAAUUGGAAGCUCUUGUCAAGUGGCACAACAAUGUCAGCAAGGUACUUGUCUGAAUGGAAUCUGCAGCCUCAACGGUAAUCAACAAUCGUCUACUUGCCCACAGGGACAGGCGCUUAUCAACAAUCAAUGCUACCUGAAUGCUCAAAUUGGCUCAUCGUGCACUUUCAGUCAACAAUGUUUGGGCAACUCGCAAUGCAAUGGAACUUGUCAGUGCACAAGUGGACAGAUGAACGUCGGAGGAAUUUGCUCGAAUAAUGGAAAUCAAACACCGCCAAUUUUCACGUGCACUAAAGCCGGCUACAAUCCUGCGUUAGUCAACAAUCAACCGGUGAAUUGCAUGACGGAUCGUUGUCCCGAUCAGUACAACAGUAUUUGUGAGUUCAAUAUGCAGGCAGGAUUCUACAUCUGUUGCACGAAAAACACGGGAAGAAAA